AUGGCGUCACACAUAGAUUUACUGUGCAGCGCUUCAGCUCGGGGUAACCUAGAGAUGGUUUUGCUUUUACUGCAGGCUGGAGUUGACAUCAACGGACGGAAUCAAUUCAACAAAACUCCUUUACAGGUGGCCAUGCUGGGCAACACCCCACUCGUGGAGACGCUCCUCGCGGCGGGCGCGGACCCCAACGUGCGCGACCAGACCUCCAAACUCACCGUGAUGCACGACGCCGCGCGCGAGGGCUUCGCGGAAACUGUGCGCACGCUGCUAGCUCACGGGGCUGACGCGCAUCUGGAGGACUUCAAAGGGAACCUGCCGCUACACCUGGCAGAGAGGGAGGGGCACGCGGAGGUGGUCCAGCUGCUGAUGUAG